GCCCCAUCAGAUGUGAGUGUGACAGCGGAUCAGUGCAGUGCGGAUGAACGAUGCUUUGAUUCUCAUUCAUGUCAACAGUCUGAAGAGCAGCCAAACCGACGUCUCGCGCUUUCACAUGAACGGAAUAAAAUGCAGCCGGACGAUUCGCAGUAUUUGCAGCGGAAAUGUAGGAUUGGUGAUAUAGAUGUGCAUCCCACAGAAAAGGCUCUAGUGGUGUAUUAUGAGGUGGAAGCAUCCAUUUUAGGAGAGUCGGGCAAUCCCAGGCAUGAGGAAAAGAAGGAAUGCCAGAAAAUCAUCAGGCUGAGGAGUCUGAAUUCCAGCACUGAUAUUUCCUCCCUGGCCAGGAAGGUGGUGGAAGAGUGUAAAAUCAUUCAUCCAUCAAAACUGGCGGAGGUGGAGCAUCUGCUGCUGUAUUUAAAGAACCGAAAGAAGCCCAGCAGUAAAUCGGAGAAGAAGGAAAAGAAACCACCGAAACCCAGAGAACUCCUGCCGUUUGAAGGAAUGGAAGUUGAGGAGGAGGCCAAUAUUAAUAAAAUCGAUGAAUACAUAGAGCUGUUGUAUGACAGCGUCCCAGAGAAGAUCAGAGGGUCCACUCUGAUCCUCCAUUUGGCCCGUAACCCUGAUAACCUGGAGGAGCUCCUACAUAAUGAGACAGCACUCGGAGCUCUGGCCCGGGUAUUGAGAGAGGACUGGAAACACAGUGUGGAGUUAGCAACUAUUAUCGUCUACGUCUUCUUCUGCUUCUCAAGUUUCUCUCAGUUCCACGGGCUCAUCACGCACUAUAAGAUCGGCGCGCUGUGCAUGAACAUCAUCGAACACGAGCUGAAGAAAUAUGACCUGUGGCAGGAUGAGUUAGAGAAGAAGAGCAAGGCUUGUGACGAGGACCCUGACAACCAGAGCUUGCGGAAGGAGCACGAGAAAACCCUAAAGAAAUACCAAAGCCUCCUGGUCAAACAGGAGCAACUGCUGCGAGUUGCGUUCUACCUGCUGUUGAACCUGUCUGAGGACACCCGCACAGAGCUCAAGAUGAGGAACAAGAAUAUUGUGCACCUGCUGGUCAAGUCUCUAGAGAGGGAGAACGAGGAGCUGCUGGUGCUGGUGGUCUCCUUCCUCAAAAAGCUCAGCAUCUUCUUGGAGAACAAGAACGACAUGGCAGAGAUGGACACGGUGGAGAAGCUGGCUCGUCUGGUUCCAUGUGAACACGAAGACAUGAUGAACGUCACUCUGCGACUCCUCCACAACCUCUCCUUUGACACGGGCCUGCGCACCAAGAUGGUGCAUGUGGGUUUACUGCCCAAACUCACUACUCUGCUGGGUGAUGACACGCACAAGCACGUAGCGAUGCGCAUCCUGUACCACAUCAGCGUUGAUGACAAAUCUAAAUCCAUGUUCGCGUAUACUGACUGCAUCCCUCAGCUCAUGCAAAUGCUGUUUGAACACGGUGAAGAGAGAAUCGACACCGAGCUCAUUUCCUUCUGCAUCAACUUGGCUGCUAAUAAGACUAAUGCUCAGAUUAUCUGUGAGGGUAAUGGAUUGAAGAUGCUGAUGAAAAGAGCACUCAAACUAAAGGACCCGCUGCUGAUGAAAAUGAUUAGGAACAUCUCACAACACGAUGGACCCUUGAAACAGCUCUUCAUUGACUAUGUGGGUGAUCUGGCAGCUCAGAUCAAGCUGGAGGGCGAAGAAGAGUUUGUUAUUGAGUGCUUGGGUACAAUGGCAAACCUCACCAUACCUGACCUGGACUGGGAGCUCCUGCUGAAAGAGUACAACCUGGUGCCUUUCCUCAAAGACCACCUCAAACCCGGUUCAGCUGAGGAUGACCUGAUCCUGGAGGUGGUGAUCAUGAUCGGUACGGUGUCAAUGGACGACUCCUGUGCCGUCAUGCUGGCAAAGUCCGGUAUCAUUCCUGCUCUUAUUGAGCUGCUAAAUGCCCAACAGGAAGACGAUGAAUUUGUGUGUCAGAUCAUCUACGUCUUCUACCAGAUGGUCUUCCACCAGGCCACCAGAGAUGUCAUCAUUAAGGACACUCAGGCCCCAGCUUACCUCAUCGACCUUAUGCAUGACAAAAAUGUGGAGAUCCGACAAGUGUGUGACAACACUCUGGACAUUAUUGCCGAGUAUGAUGAAGAGUGGGGGAAGAAGAUCCAAAGUGAGAAGUUUCGCUGGCAUAACUCGCAGUGGCUGGAGAUGGUGGAAAGCAGACAGAUGGAGGAUGGCGAGCCAUACCUGUAUGGAGACGACCCGGACGCCCUAGAGCAGCCUGAUCUCUUCUACAGCACUGACGGUAUGAUGCCCCCUGAGCCCGGCCUCAGUCCAGACUUCUACAGCCAGUUCCACUCUCAGAAUGGAGACUUCAACGCCUGUAAUGGAGCUGAAGGACGUCCUGCCACUGCCUACGGCUUUCGUCCUGAUGAGCCGUUCUUCCACGGGUACGGAUCCAGCAGAUAGAGCCGCUGCGUGACAGUUCACUACAAGACCAUUUUUAUCUCCUUGAAAACUCGAACGCUGUGAACCAACCAGUCUCUUCCACAAAAUGUAAGCCCACCCUUGGAUUUAAAGGCAGAUUUAAUAGCGAGACCCAGUAAAAUGCUUGGUGAUGCUUUAUAAUAACUUUAAAUGAUUCAUUAAGCAAAUCAAAAGUUCACGUACAUCAUAUGUUAUAUAUUUUAUAUUCAUGUUUAGUUAUAAAUUGUUUUUUUUUUUACUUUUUGAAUGUACACAAAUCUGCUAAGCAUUAUUACAUUGUAU